UUACACAUUCACCAGCCUGUCCCUGUUUCCAUCCGGGAAGUGUUGGCGGUGUGCGACAGGGUGACCACCGGAAGCCUCCACUUCAAGACUCAGCCAGAAAGGAAGCCACACCCAGCAUCCUUGAGCCUGAUCCAGAAGGGCUGUUCUUACGGCCUUUUGACAGGCAAAGAAGCUUUAAUCCGUGCCGUAUACAACCAUAAUGGCAUCAGCCAAGAUUUCGUUGCGCUGCCUUCGCACUUUGGGCCUUCGCUCCAACAUGAAGGUCUUCUGGGUUAUGUCAUCGAAGCCCAGCCUGCUAACGCCUGUCACCCCAUCGAAGCUCCUCCAUCUCUCAAUGGUUCCUUCAUCGCCUUCAUCGCCCUCAUCCGGAGGUACGACUGUCCCUUCACCACCAAGGUCCUCCAUGCCCAGCGAGCUGGCUACCAGGGCGCCAUUGUGCACAACGUCAACUCCCAAGCCCUCGUGACCAUGUUAAGUGACAACGAAGACAUCAAACAACAAGUCACCAUCCCUUCCUUGUUCAUCGCCGAAUCCGCUUCGACACAGCUGAGAAGAAUCUUUCACUAUGACCAUACGGCUUAUGUGAUCCUCAUCCCGGAAUGCCAUUGGCUGUCCUGCUGGGACGUGAGGCACAACUGCCCAUCAAAUCCUCCAACACCUAAACCAGGCAUUCCAAACCAGAGUUUCCCUUGCCUGCCGAUGCGAUGCCACUUCCUGAACAAUGUGCAUUUCCUCCUCUUCUGCCUCAUGCUCGUGAUCUGGAUCGUGGCCUUGUUUGUGCUGUGCUGUGCAGUUUCUAAUAACUUCUAACUUGGAGCCCAUCCACAGCUAGGCAGAUGUUUUCCAGGAUGUUUUUCAGUUAACUUGCAAAGUGAAUACAUUGUCUACAAAUGUG